AUAAUACGCUUUCAAAUUGUAAAACCAAAUUAUCUCGUUCACCGUCGUCAUUCGCCGCCACCUCCGCCACACCAUCAGCAUAGUUUUAUUUUCGCUGUCAUCACUGAAGCACCGUAUUUGGGUCGUGUCCAGACAUUAUCAUACAUAACCUUUCCAUCUCAUUGUUUAGCAAUCCAUCUUAUCUCUCCGAGUAGAGACGCCAAAAAUUUGACAUUUUUAGGGUAUUGCUGUAAUGGACGAGGGACGUGGAAAGGACAUUGAGUUGUUGGAGGAAAUCAUCGAUAAAGGUCUCAAACAGAAGCUUCUACAAGCAAUUGCUUCACGGGAUAAGAUCUUUGAAGAAGAAAAAGAACUCACUGACUUGCGGAAAAACCUAGAAACUCUGGAAAAAAAUGGUGUAAAUAGUCUCAAAACGAUGGUCAACCUCGGUUCAGAGGUGUACAUGCAAGCUGAAGUGCCAGAUACAAGGCACAUAUUCAUGGAUGUAGGACUCGGGUUCUAUGUGGAAUUCACCCGCCAAGAAGCUCUUGACUAUAUUCCAAAAAGGGAGGAACUAGUUAAAAAACAAUUAGAAGAGGUAACUAAAGUUAUUGCGCAGAUCAAAGGGCGUAUCAAGCUGGCUCAUCACCAGAUUCAGCAAAUACUCAAUCUUCCAGACGAGAAUACAUCUUCACACCGGCAACGUGCGUUUCAGUACUAACCAUGAGAGAAAGAUAAGGAUUCCUAUUUGCACUGUCGAUUGGUUCCCUGCGUUCUUUCUUUAAAUUAAAGUUUAAGCGUGUGGAAAAGGGGAAUUAUCUUUGGUGCAAUACUAACAACUCUCUUCUCCACUAGACCGAAGUGUUUGUGUUAGACAGACAUUAAUCUAAGAUUUUCAAAUGACUGUUGGUAAACCUUACUGUUAGAUGAGGGCCAGGCGUACCUAUUUGAAA